UUCAUCCCCUCCGCUCAGGUGAGGUGAGUGUGAUGCUUCCUGCUUGAGACCCACAUUUCUUCACAGGCCCAAAAGAUCUAUGGACGGCGCAGCGAUUUCCAGCGGCAGGGCAGCUCCAUUGAUCAGCUCCAGCUCCAGCUCCGGUGGCAGGGGCCGAGGAGGAGGAAGGAGAACAGAGUGCUCUGCCUCCUCCUCACCUCUUCUGCUUCAGGUCCGGUCCAUGGCGACCCAGAGGCCUCUGCCCUCUGCUACCAAAAUUGUCAGCUCCCGAAAGGGCUCGACCGUGUUCCCGCUGGGGGAACCAGGCCCCAGGCCGGGUACAACGUCGGGUGGGGUGCCAGUCAAGCUGCUCACGAGGGUGGAGCAGCUCAAGCUCCUGACCAAGGCGGAGAAAGCCGGCCUCCUCUCAGCGGCUGAGAAGUUCGGGCUCUCACUCUCAUCCAUCGAGAAGCUCGGCCUCCUCUCCAAGGCCGAGGAGCUUGGAGUCCUAUCGGCAGCCACCGACCCAGGGACCCCAAGCGCUCUCUUCACGCUCAGCCUCGGGCUGCUCCUCCUAGGCCCUGCCUGUGUCUACAUCGUGCCUGAGGACUAUCCAUGGGAAGUGGCUGUUCAGGCAGCCGUGGCCCUGGUCUGCAUCGUCGGUGGAUCCGCCGCCUUUGCAGCUUCGAAUUUGGUCUCAAAUUUGCAGAAGUUGAGAUGAUUCUGUCCUUGAGUAGAUAUAUUAACGUUCCUCUAAUAGCUGCAUUUUCAUUCCAUGAGAAAGAUCAGUUGUCAUGAUGUCGAUCCGAUUGUUGGCCACACUCAAAACUCUGAAAAGUCUGUCAUCACUUUGUUACGAGGUGUUUGGUUUGCUCAUCCGGGACAAUACGAUGAUCAAAUUAUGAUUUACUUAGUCGAUGUACCUGUCUCACGUACCAAUAAUGCAGUGAUCUUCAUUUUGCGCGUAAA